AUGGAAACAGCCAUGGAGGAGGGCACGGCGGAUUUGGGGGUAGCCACGGAGGCGGUCAUGGAAACAGCUAUGGAGGAGGGCACGGCGGGUUUGGAGGUAGCCACGGAGGCGGCCAUGGAGACAGCCAUGGAGGAGGGCACGGCGGAUUUGGGGGUAGCCACGGAGGCGGCCAUGGAGACAGCCAUGGAGGAGGGCACGGCGGAUUUGGGGGUAGCCACGGAGGCGGCCAUGGAGACAGCCAUGGAGGAGGGCACGGCGGAUUUGGGGGUAGCCACGGAGGCGGCCAUGGAGACAGCCAUGGAGGAGGGCACGGCGGAUUUGGGGGUAGCCACGGAGGCGGACAUGGAGACAGCCAUGGAGGAGGGCACGGCGGAUUUGGGGGUAGCCACGGAGGCGGACAUGGAGACAGCCAUGGAAGAGGGCACGGCGGAUUUGGGGGUAGCCACGGAGGCGGACAUGGAGACAGCCAUGGAAGAGGGCACGGCGGAUUUGGGGGUAGCCACGGAGGCGGACAUUGAGAUUGGGGAUACUCGGAAUUGUUAG